GCCACCCUACUUUCUCCUACGGGCGUCGGUAAGAUGCAGGACAGUGUAGAAAAACCUAGUUCGGAUUGUGCUCAUACGUGCGCCAUUUGUCUGCGGAAGUCAUUUUACGUUUGUCCCCGAUGUGGGAUCAAUUACUGCUCUCUUGACUGUUACCGUGCGCCGUGUCAUAAUCAAUGUUCGGAAUCUUUUUAUCGUGACUGCUGCGUGGAGUCGAUGCACAAUAGUUUUGCAAGCGGAACUGUCCGUACAAGCGUCGCUGACAUACUUGCUCGUGAAGCUUCCGCCUGGCGAGAUGAUUCGUGCAUCAGAAUAACAACGGAUGACGCGGACGAUGUCGACGCAUCCGAUACUGAUGUCCAACAAAUAAAUAGUGAUCUUUCUUCUCGGUUUUAUGACUUGGCAUUGGAAUCGGACCGCACUGACGAGCGCGAUUUGUGGUCUCACCUGACCUUAAAAGAGCAGCGGGAUUUUCGCCGUCUCUUGAAUUCUUCUCAUAUCUCACACUAUGUGCCUGUGUGGGUGCCAUGGUGGUCUGAGUCAAAGAAGGUUCAAAUACAGGAGUGUUGCUCUUCUGAUAGCGGCGCCAAUUACGGACCACCAGCUGUCAAACUCAGGAGUUUGCUUCCAUCCGGAAGGCUUCCUCAUCCUUCCGUCGGUUUUGUGCUUGCGGACGUCUUACUUGGGCUGAUAUUUCUAUCCAGGUAUUACAAUGGGGAUUACAAUGACUUGUCCCUAGAAGCCGCUGAGAAUUUAUGCAAUAUUGUGGCUUCUUUUGGACAGCCGGUCAACCGCAAGUCUACUCCUCACAGAAAGAAGAACCGUACGAUUGUUUUGACUCCUGUCAAUUUCAAAUCUGGCCCCGCAUAUAGUAAUAUUUCUGAAGUUGCCGCUUCCGUGCAAAACCGGUUGUGUGAACGAAAAUUACCAUGCAGCCAAUAUAUGAUGAUAGGUUUCCUGGAGGAUUUGCGAGCAAUACUAUCCUCCGAACAGCAUGUGAACAGGGCUUUGUGUGAACUCCGUUUGUUUAUCGACACCGUUUCAGCACUACCGCUAGAGCAUUGUGAGGAGAAAGUUAAAAGGCCGCUUCAGAAUGUGUACAGGAAGCUUGUAUUUCUUCAGUCUUGCUUCAAUUCGGAUGAUCCGUCUACUACACAAUGGCGAAACUCGAUUUAUCUAGGUCUUAGGAAACAAGUUUCCGAUGAACUCUGCAUUCGAGUGACGAACUCCGACUGCGAAGGGGUAAAGACGCAGCAGCAGCGACCAAUAGCUGGACCCAAUUGGCAAAACAUGAUUCGAGAUAUUUCAUACCACACUCAACAGUCCUGUGUGCCUCCAAGACUGCCUAUUGAGCUCUGUGCUGGUACGGAUAAAUGAUCUUUAUGCAUUUUAUCUUUUCUUUUUUCAACCUAAUGGCCUUCUCUUCUUCGUGACAUUCAACGGGCGACGUGUCGGUUUCGUGUAGAAACAAGGCAUUUAGCUGGUUGCUAAACCGCCUUGGAACCUUUCCUUUCUUCAAUCAUCUCAUUAGCAGUCCUUUGAUUUACUGAGCGCUUCGUCAUACUAGCGUCACACAUUCCGACUACAUGUGAGAUCGAUAUGAAAACUCGAGUCCCCGUUUUCAGUCCAUCUCUUUUGCCUUUUUGGUCGGCUUCCAUCCCUUUCGGCCAUCCUCAAAGUUUAUACGGCCCUUGUUCCGCCCAUCAUAUCCUGCCCUUUCGAUUAUCUACUCACCCGUUGAUUUUCACUGUUCAACUUGUACUGUCAUGUGCGAAAACAGGCGUCUGUUCCCGUUAAUUCGCUUUUUUAAACAUCAUCCGUUAUUUCGCUUGUUUUCUUAAUGUCCGCUUCCAUCCCUCAACCCUUUCCCAUAUUCUUCCCUGAUUCCAAUAAAUCCGCCAAACACAUUGGAGGUGCAUCACUUCUAGCGUAUCUGUUUCGUCGGAAGAGAAACAAGCAAUCGAAGGUCUAACCCUUGAAUGUUCGCAAAUACGAAAUUC